AUGGCAUCUGUUGCUUUGUCCAUGAUUACGGAACAAAAGGAUGACUAUAAGCUUGUAAUGGCUAACAUUAACAUGCCAGAUAUGGACAGUCUUUCUUUUCUGCGUGUACUGCACAAGAAGGAGAUCCCUGUCAUAUUCAUGUCCUCCGAAAUGAAUGUUAAUGUAGCCAAGAAGGCCCUAGCUGAAGGAGCCUGUUUUUUCCUCGAGAAACCAAUUUCUCUGGAGGAUCUGAAAAGCGUGUGGCAACAUGUGUACCGGAAGAUUAGAACCCCAAUGAAGUACAAACAUAAACCAAAUUAUGGAACGAAAAUGAACAGUGGAAAGGACUGUCAAGGGAUGAAGAUAAAUGAGGCUGGUGAUGUGCUUAGGCCUCCCCUUGGAGGUGUUAAAAGCAAUGGGGCUGGUGGUGAGUGUAGCCUUGCCACUGGACAUGCUUUGGACAUUGACAAACAAAACACUAGCACGUUGACAUGCAACGCCCAAGGAGCUUCUGGGAUAAAGCUACCAAUUGAUGAUAAAGAAGAGCAAGAAGAAGUGAAUCGGGAUAGCAAUGGCAUCACCGGCGAUAAAAAGCCUCGUGCUGUUUGGACUCCGGAACUGCAUCUCAAGUUUACAGCAGCUCUAAGUGCCUUAGGAGAUCUAAAAUCUCGUCCAAAAGCAAUUCUAAAAUUGAUGAAUGUGCCAAAUAUAACAGUGCGCCAGGUUGCAAGCCAUCUGCAGAAAUAUAAAAACCAAGUUCAGAGAAUUCGUGGGACUGACACAACUAGCUUACCUUCUUCAUUAAGUAGAUUAUCCAAUUGCAUCAACAGAAAUGAAUUCCCACCAGCAAAGCAAAGUUCUAUGGUAUGCCAAUAUGAUCAAAGGACAUCAAGUUUUGGAGUCCGAGGUAAUACAGCACAAUUAGAUGCUCCAAAUUCUUUGAUCACAUCUCCUAUCCCUGUAGCUGGUUUCAACAAUCAUGACUACAGAAGGCAGAAUCUAUAUUCGGGACAUACAAUCUUGUCUCACUACACAAAUCAUCAUACCAACAACCCCAGUGAGUUUUAUUUAAGAACUCAAGGACAGUUUCAAAAUUUGAACCAAUUAAGGGAAACAGACAGUUUUGGAUACGGUGCUGGCAUGAAUGAAAUCAUGAACCAACAACCUCUUGGAAUAGAAGAGAACAGGUUUAGAACAAGUGAAAGCCACUUUCCAAGUAUGAACUACAUAACUCCAGAGGCUGCUGCUUCUCCCUACAUAUCAGGAAACACAUUUCAGGUCCCAAAUGAGCCUUCUGUCAUGAAUCAAGAGCAAUACUAUACUUCGUCUUUGACCGGUCCCUUCGAUUCCCAAAAUCAGAACCAGUUUUCAACAGAAGGUGCAAGAUUAACAACUGAAGUACUUGAGCUUGUGCCAGAACAGAUAGCUUCAGGCAAUGCAACCAAUCCAAACAAAUUUCCGGCAGACUUCAAUGAUGGCAGCCAGAAGCUGGAUACUACAGCUGGAGAGGCUAGUUCACCAAACAAGAACCAACCCCUUUCAGAGUAUGAUGAGCUGUUGAAACUGCUUGAAGAAGACCCACAGGAGGCCAGCUGUGUUGGCAGUGUACCAAAUGCAGGUGAUCCUGAUCGUUACUGUGAAUGGCUAAGGGAAACUUUACUUGAAAAUAGCACAGACCCUCUAUAG